AUGUAUAUAGUCUAUGUUAAUGUGCGUGCUAAGAGAAAAAAAAAACCUGCAAUCGUGGCUUCCGUUAAUAGUACAAGUGCAACAUCAAAAUAUCCAUCACCACCAUUAGGUGAUUAUUAUUCAAAUUAUGUUGCAGCUGCAUCAUCUAUGGCUGGUGAUCCAUCAGCAUUAAAAUUUGGAUAUACAGAUCCAACUAAAGGUGUUCAAUUUGCAUUCGGUUUUCCUCAACAUCCAGAUUCAUUUUCGGCUUUAUCAUACAAUGGUUCAUCACAAAGAAAACAAAGACGUGAACGAACAACAUUUACUCGUGCACAACUUGAUCAACUUGAAACAUUAUUUGAUCGAACACGUUAUCCUGAUAUAUUUAUGCGUGAAGAAGUUGCACUUAAAGUUAAUUUACCCGAAUCAAGAAUACAAGUUUGGUUUAAAAAUCGUCGUGCUAAAUGUCGACAACAAGAUAAAGCAACAAAAAAGCCUUCAUCAUCAUCAUCAAAUAUUGGUAUACAUGACAAAUCAACAUCAUCCAAUGAAACUUCACUUUCAACAACAACACCAUUAACAACAUGUAAACGUGAAGCAAAAAGUCCACUUAUGAUUAGUCCAAAUGGACGAAUAAAUUCUUCACAAAUAACUAAUAGUCGUUCACCACCAUCAACAUCAAGUACAAAUAGUUUAAAUGGUGGUGGAAGUAAUAGUUUAUGUUCAUCAAAUUCUACAACAAGCAAUACAUUUUAUCGUUCACCAACAUCGGAUAAUUCAACAGCGGCAGCAGCAGCAGCAGCAGCAACAUCAUUAGCUGCAUGGUCAUCACAAGCUGCUGCUUAUCAUCAUAUAUAUCCAACAUCAUAUAGUCCAAAUCAACCAUCUUAUCAAAGUGGACUUUUUUAUAGCAAUGAUCCACAACAUAUUUAUAAAAAUAAUUCAACAACAACGAAUAGUCCACCUAUGUAUGGUACAGCAACAAGUGCAUUAACAUAUCGUAAUCAAGAUAUGGAUUUUCUUCAACCAACAGCAAUGUAUGGGCGAACAAGUGAUGAAUUUAUGGGUUGGACAGCAUCACAUCAUCAUCAUCAUCAAAACUUUAAAAUUUUCAAUUAA